GGCAGUGAAAGUGGCGCAUUCUUAUUGUUAAAUUGCAUUUUUAUUGUUAAAUUAUUGUGCUAUAUGCUGCACUCAAUGAAUUUAGUAACGUUGGCCUUGGCCUAUCACCUUUUAGUUGGAAUUUCACAAGCUCAAGGCCCAUAUGGCAUUGUAGAUGUUCCUGCAUCACAUCUCAUAGCUGAGGAUGUGAUGAAUUUGGGUUUGAAGUUGAUGACAAAACAGAUGGCCGGAGUUUACGCAGACACAUUUUUGAUUUCACCCGUGAGUAUCGCGUCCGCUCUAGCGUCUCUGUUGCUGGCCGCCAAAGGAGGAAGUUUCAUCGAGUUGUCCAAGCAGUUCAGGAUUAAGGAUACGGUGAAGUUACACGAGCAAUUUGGCUAUAUGCUAAGGAAUGCUCAACAAACCUACAAUGAUAUUACUUACACUUUAUCCAACGAUCCUGUCGAUAAGAGGAUAAAGAAAGAGGUGAAAGAAACUCAACAGGUGUUCAUUGGGAGUGGACUCUUUGUCCAGCAGGAUCACAGCAUAAAUCUUGAUUACAGGCAAGCCUUAGCUCAAAUCUAUAACUCGGAAAUUUAUCCUGUCGAUUUCGAAAAGGAUCCGGCGACCGCUGUCGAUCUUAUGAACGUAUGGGUAACGCAGAAGACAAAAAGCAAAAUAACGAAUAUAGUUAAUUUAUAUAAUAUUAAUAACUCCACUCGUAUGACUUUGACCAACACAAUGUACUUUAACGCCCGAUGGAUAAAUAAUUUUUACGAAACCCGGUCAGAGCCCUUCUAUCCUGACGGAUAUGACUCUAAGACUAAGCUGUAUGUUCCAACUAUGGUGGCAACAGGUAGCUAUACCUUUGAUCUAAACAAGAGAAGGGAUUGUCUCAUUCUCGGAAUUCCCUAUCGUGGCAGUCAAAACACUCUGUACAUCAUACAACCUUUCCAAUCAUCGAUUCGACGGUUGAAAAAGUUUCAAAAAUCACUUACAGCCGAAUCUAUUGAAGAAAUGAUCAGCAAAAUGAGGUCAAUUCAUGGAAAGAUUCGUCUUCCAAAGAUGCGCAUUAUUGGCGGGGACCAUUUGAAAUAUCAGCUAAAUGAUUUCGGUAUUAAGGGCAUCUUUAGUAACAAAAAUUAUGACUUAUCUUUAAUCGCCUCGGGCAACUCGAGCACUCAGCUUUAUCAAUCGGAUGCUGUUGGAAAUCUGAAGAAUUUGGAAACGCAACGAAAAUUUGCGGAGUCGGAACCGAGAAGAUCAGCUGAUCUUUACAUCAUGGAUAUUAUUCACAAGGUUAGACUCGAUGUGACUGAGAAGGGCACCGAAGGAGCUAGUGCAACUGAAGCCUCCAUGUCGAGAACUAUAGCUCUUGUCGAUUUUGUUAUAAACAGUCCAUUUAUACUUUUGGUGCGGAAUGAUUUCACAAAACUUCCUUUAUUCUAUGGCAUCAUUAAUAAGCCUCCAUCUUGAAAUGUUUGUGAAAAUAAAAUAAAAUAUCGCAUAUAUUAAAGAA